UGUCAGAAAUCGCGUGCUCGCAAGCUAUACGAAGUCUGAUCUUCAGAGAUUGCGGGUGUGAAUUGUUUAUUUCGCCGGUUUGUUAACAAUGAGCGUUGUUAACGGAUUACUGCGCGUCGGCCGGCUAAUUAGGCCGUCUACAACGCUUGCCAGAUGUUUGCUGCCGGCUACCGGUGGUCCUCAAUCGGCAUGGGCCACCCUCGGACAAGUGCAUCAACAGCCGCAGCGAUCGUGGCUUUCCGCCCACCGGACACUGAGCACCAAGGUGGCGGAAGAAGGAUAUCACACGAUUAUACGCGACCAAGAGAAAGCAGUUGGGACGAGCGACAAGCACGAGUUCCAGGCGGAAACGCGCAUGCUGCUCGACAUCGUGGCCCGUUCGCUCUACUCCGACAAGGAGGUGUUUGUCCGGGAGCUCGUAUCGAACGCUAGCGAUGCGCUGGAAAAGUUCCGCUUUCUCGUGCAAACAUCCACCGGCGCGGCCAGCGAUGGUGAGACGGGUGAAUUCGCGGAAGCGGACCGAUCGCUCGAAAUACACAUCGGCACGAACAAGCAGGACCGUCAGCUAACGAUCCAGGACACCGGCAUCGGGAUGACGCGGGAAGAGCUGGUUGCCAAUCUCGGCACCAUUGCCCGAUCCGGCUCGAAACAGUUCAUGGAGCAGCUGAAGGAGAGUGGGCGCGGAACGCAGGAAAACGUGCAAAACAUUAUCGGCCAGUUUGGCGUUGGGUUUUACUCGGCGUUCAUGGUAGCGGAUCGGGUGGACGUGUACACCCGCUCGUCCCGGGCCGGUGCGCCCGGCCUCAAGUGGUCGUCCGAUGGUUCGGGUACGUUCGAAAUUCAGGAGGCAGAGAAUGUGGCCAUCGGCACCAAGAUUGUGAUCCAUCUGAAGGCGGACUGUCGGGAGUUUGCGGACGAGGACCGGAUCCGGGAGGUGAUCCGGCGCUACAGCAACUUCGUGGGCAGUCCCAUCUUCUUGAACGGCAAGCAGGCGAACCAGAUCCAGCCGAUCUGGCUGAUGGAACCGAAGCAGGUGACGCCCGAGCAGCACAACGAGUUCUACCGGUUCGUGGGCAACACGUUCGACACGCCCCGCUUUACGCUGCACUACAAAACGGACGUUCCGCUCAGCAUUCGGGCGCUGCUGUACUUCCCCGAAGGUAAGCCGGGCCUGUUCGAGAUGUCGCGCGAUGCGGACGGCGGUGUGGCCCUGUACACGCGCAAAGUUCUGAUCCAAUCCAAGACGGAGAACCUGCUGCCCAAGUGGCUACGCUUCCUGAAGGGCGUCGUCGAUUCGGAAGACAUUCCGCUCAAUCUGAGCCGCGAGCUGCUGCAAAACAGUGCGCUCAUUCGGAAGCUGCGCACGGCGCUAACGAACCGCACGCUGCGCUUCCUGCACGACCGCUCGCAAAAGGAACCGGAAAGCUACGACAAGUUCUACAAAGACUACGGGCUCUUCCUAAAGGAAGGCAUCGUGACCAGCCAGGAGCAGCAGGAAAAGGAAGAGAUCGCCAAGCUGCUGCGGUUCGAAACGAGCAAGGAACCGAACCGGACGGUAUCGCUGCCCGAGUACUGCCAGCGGCAGGCGGAAGGCCAGAAGGAUAUCUACUAUCUAGCCGCGCCGAAUCGUACCCUGGCGGAAGCUUCCCCGUACUAUGAGUCGCUGAAGAAGCGUGGCAUCGAGGUGCUGUUCUGUUACGAAGCGUACGAUGAGCUGGUGCUGAUGCAGCUCGGCAUGUAUUUGGGCAAGAAUUUGGUGUCGGUGGAGAAGGAGAUGCGCCGUUCGGAUGCGUCGACCGAUGGGAAGGAUGCGGACGGGCUGAUCGAAGGUUCGCUGCUGAAAACGCAAAUCGAUGAGCUGCUGCCGUGGCUGAAGGACAAACUUACCGGCAAGGUGUCGAACGUGAAGACGACCGGCAAGCUCGAUACGCAUCCGUGUGUGGUGACGGUGGAGGAGAUGGCCGCUGCCCGGCACUUUAUCAAAACGCAGAGCCACAACAUUAGCGAAGAGAACCGUUACGCACUGUUGCAGCCGCAGUUUGAAAUCAAUCCCAAACAUCCCAUCAUUAAGAAGCUACACAAACUAACGAGUAGCGAUCCGGAACUGGCCGAACUGCUGGCCAAGCAGCUGUUCUCGAACGCGAUGGUGGGCGCCGGUUUGGUGGACGAUCCGCGCAUGCUGCUGACGAGCAUGAACGAUCUGCUGCAAAAGGUACUUGAUAAGCAUUAGUGGGGGAUAAGGGCACUAGGCCACCGCCCACUCGCACUGUUUACUGUUUCAUUUAAGGCUAGGUGAUACGACGAGAUGUGGUGCUGUUAAAAUAAAGCUCUUUAAAAUGGUAUGGUUCGAACAAAAA